AUGGCCGCGACAUCGGGCGUCGCCGCACAUGGAGGAGGCCCCGAUAUGAUCUAUAUCGGAGAGCUUUACGAAAGCAUAUCGCGUAGUCCCCCAGGUAUAGAAGCCAGGAAGCUGCUUAUCGAACAUUACAUUGCAGUCGGUAAUGAAUGGCUGGAAGGUGCAUUAGAUGAGGCCAAGAAGCUCCAGGCUUUAGCUCCCACAGACCUAGACGUUGUGAGGUUCUUAAAGAUUCUCGAAAAAGUACCAGAGCCUCCAGCGCCCGAGAAGAAGGCAUUCAAGCCAAUACACGCAUCUUCUGCCCAGUCCGGAGGCGAACCCUUGAAGAACUUACCAUUCACGGCGAAACCAACAUCGAAACGUGGAUCCAAGCGGUCGGACUUCAUCUUAGGCGAUUCAGUAGAUGACCUAAACGACGAACAACGAAAUCUGGUUACUGGGUAUCGUGACAUACGUGCCAAAGCAACACAUGUGUUCGCGAAUUUGCUGCGUCUACAGACCCUCCAGAAAAAAGCUGGCUUGCCCCAAUCUAAGAACCUCGCUAAAGUUCAUCUCAUGGCGGAUGGUAGUAACGGGGCCGUCUGCAGUGGAAUGCGCCCACCAGCAAGUGCUCGUUCUGUGGCGCGAAACAUCCGAGAUAAACCAAAAGAGGCCACGAACCUAGUCAUCGCAGAUCUGGAAGCCAUGAUACAAUGGGUGCGCGCGCCAUAUGGCACACCCUCGGGCGCAAGUAUCGAUACCAUUCGCGAUAAUCUAGUCAAACGCAGAAGCGCCAUCGAUUCAACUCUCCCGGAUGCGCUCAAAUUUCAUUGCGAGCUAGGUUUUAUGCACGUCGAACAUGAGCAUCUGGAAAGGAAUUACGUCAACGACGAAACCAUGCUGGGGGAUGAGAUCAAGGACAUCGCCAGAGAGGAUUUUUAUGUGACCGAGGACAACUAUGCGUGGUCGAUGGAUGGCUACGAUGAGACCCAUACUAAUUUUGUACCAACCUUAGAACUUGUUCAGGCUAUCCAGGCAAAUGGCGGUGUACUCCGCAAUCCUCUUAGCAGAGAAAUGUUUACUCCGAAAGAUGUCAAAGGGAUUCUCCUCCAUCCAACAGGCAAGUCUCUCGCAGCUCUACGAGUUGAGCAGCACGAGAUGUCCAAGGGCGUGCGGACGGAAACAAUCGUACAAAUGGAGAAGCUCUCAGCGAUCUUGCUAGCAGAUCAAAGUAGCGAUACGCUCCCCAGUCGCAAGGCAGUAGACGAGUUCCUCCUAUACGUUGCAACACGUAGGUCUUCCUUCGGCACAAUGACGACCAACAAGCUAAUAUCUGAGCAGUACCAGAUCUUGAGCAAAAAGCGAUCGAAGGUCUCAAGUGUCCUGCCACAGACUCUCACACUGGACAGUCUUAUGACUGGCCUAUCGGUGAAGCAGUGA